AUUGUCUAUUGAUGCUGACCAUUGUGCAGAACACACAAUCAAUAUUUCAUUAGAAUAAAGUAUUUGACAGUCAAACUUAAAAACUUUUUGUUUCUUUAAAUACAAUUUAAAUUGGAUGUUUGCCGGAGUUAUUGGAUUUUUUAAAUUGUUAUAGCAACCUAGUAAUUUAUUUAAAUAAAUAGAAUAAACAUUUGCCGGGUAAUUUUUGUUAAAUUGAGCUUAAAUAAAAUAAUAGAAUUAAACAGCCAAAUAAAUUUGGAUAAUUUAUUAAAAAAUAUUAAGAUUUUUUUAUUAUAAGUGAGUUCAUAAUGUUGAGUAAAUUAGAAGUGGAUAAAAUCUUUAAAAGAAAAUGUGAAAAUACAAGUCAAAUUUCUACUCAGUCAAACAAUAAACGUCAAAAGAUAUAUCCUCAGCAUAAUGAUCAUUCCUACGCCAAAAAUAUAAUAAUUGACCUUGUUAAUGAUGAUUGUCUGAGUGAAAUAUUUAUGUAUUUGCCAAUAUGUGAGAGACCGAAAAUUGCACAAGUAUGCAAAAAAUGGAAUAGAGUUGUUUGUUCUUAUUGUUUUAAAGUAAAAAAACUUGUACUAUCUCAUUGGGAAUAUGAUCGUCCUCAAAACAUUUUAGAGCAAUUCAAAAAAAGUGAGAAAAAAUUUAGUUUUCUAAGAUCACUUCUUGAUAAAUCUUGCACAUAUUUAACAGAAUUAGACUUGGUGGCCUAUGAUAAUUCUAACAUAGUGCCUUUGCUAAAUGAAUUUUGUCCAAAUCUCGUUAAACUUCGACUGAGACUAAAAUAUUUUUUUGAUAAAGAUUUAGAGAAUGCAUUUUCUCGUAUGUCUCAACUAAGAGUAUUAAAAAUUAUAUUUCAAGGUUUUUGUCGAAUACCUGUAAUUCUACUUGUUUUAUUGAAAAACGUUGUGAAUACUUUGAAUGAACUCAUUCUGAUAAGUCAGAGCAACGGCACAUUUACACUUUGUCGAUUUCCGGACUCAUUUGCGGCUGUAAGUUAA